AUGUAUAUGGAUGAUAGGAUAAUUGGCGGUCCAGAGGGCUACUUGGAGGUAUUUGUGAGAAAAGCAAAGGAUCUUCCCAAUAUGCGGAAAAUGGAUAAGCAAGAUCCCUUUGUAAGACUCCGAAUAGCUCAUCUCACAGAGGUUUCCGGUACAGUGUUUAGAGGUGGGCAAAGACCCGUGUUUGACUUCCACACUGUAUUCGAGCUGACACCCGCGAUGAAGCAUUUAAUGUAUGUGGAGUUGUUCGAUGAUCAGAAGAGCGCACCCCGGAUUAUUGGCCGGUGUGAGGUAGAUCUGAAGCCGGCCCUAUAUAGCGAUCACGAAGAUGGCUAUGACAGGUGGUACCAGUUGAGCUUGGGCCCCGACGACGCAGGGAAGAUAUACAUUGAGCUCACAUUCAAGCAGCACACGAUUCGAAGAAAGUCACAAAUACAGCCAGAGCCAUCGCCGCCGCCCAUGACUAAGACACUCAAGACGAAGCGUUCUCCGCCUCUCCCCUCUGAGAUACCAUAUGUUCCAUUUCCUAAGGAUCAGCUACAAGGCUCUAUCUCCCAAUCUGGGUUCACGUAUACGCACGGAGGAGGAAUGAGCCAGCCCCUGCCUGCGUUGCGGCGUUCGCCAGAUACGCUUCAGUACAUUCCUAGGAAUCCUGCCCUGCCACAGGUUGAACAGCUCAAGCUGCCUGAAUUUGUAUUAAGUGUUGAUACUCUAGAGAACUUCGACGCGCAUACCUCACAGCAAUCGGAGGGAACGGGCAUAACGGCCAAGUUGAAGCAGCUCAAGGAGAAAUGGAAUAACUUCAAGCAGGGCAGUCCAGAGCAGAACGAUGCGGCUCGGGCAAAUGUGGAUCUUGAAGAACUACAGAAGGUCGUCGGAGUCAAACCCGAUUUUCCCAAACAACACGGGAGGAUGCGCUCAAGACACUCAAUCAGCAGCGGUCUGCAACCUGCGUUGCCUCCACUACCUCAGCCUUCAGACGAGCGCACGAAGCUGCCCGGCCGAAGGCCCAGCCCCCACCCGGACUUUGUGCCCAGAUCCCCGAGCCCUGGCGGCCAAAUGCGCCAAUCGCGAAACCUGGUUCCCUUACCACCAUUGCCUCAUGAGAUGAGGAACACGCGCUCCUUGUCUCCUGUCAGAAGGCCGCCUGUAUUUUGA